GCGCCGCUCUGCCGCUCAGUUGCACUAUACCAAGCGCGGGUCGCGCGCGCCGCGAGUCUUCCGCAAUACAAACUAUGUGCAUCCAACAAGAACGAUCUGUGAUAUAGUGUUAAGUUACGUGCAAUUUAAGACUUAUGUGAAUUUGAUAACUGACAGAACAAUGGUGCGCUCAAUAAUUUUGUAUAGCUGUUUUAUAGCUACAAUCGCACCAACACUUGUACGAUGCGUAUCCGUGGUGGGUCCGCGCAUCCUGCGGCCCUACUCCCCGUACCGCGUGGCGGUGGCGGGCGGGCCGCGGGCGCAGAGCCUGUAUGUGGCCAUCGAGGGACGCCGUGCCAACGGGGAGCAGUUCCAGCAGGGACGGGAGGUCCAGGUGCAGCCUGGCAGCUCAAGGCUUGUGGAUCUUGAUGUGGGUGAACCGGGUCCAGGCCAGUACUCCCUGGUGGCGUCGUCCACGUCAGGUCCUCACUUCGCCUCGUCAGCGCCUCUGAUCUACCAAGCGCGCAGUUUCUGCGUGUUCAUACAGACAGACAAGCGCGUCUACCAGCCUCAGGACACCAUCUACUUCAGGGUCAUCGCCUUGGAUAAGUACCUGCUAGGUCUAUCCGGUGUGGUAGACGUGACGGUGCGGGCGGCGGGCGGCGCGGCGGUGCGGCAGUGGGCGGGGCUCGCUCUGGACCGCGGCCUGCUGGCUCUGGAGUUACCUCUGGCCGACCAGCCCGCGCUGGGGCAGUGGACCAUUGAGGUGGAAGUCCGAGGCCAGACGUACUCCAGACAGGUGUUGGUGGCAGACUAUGUGAUGCCCAAGUUCCACAUGGACAUACAGAUGCCCACUGAGAUCCUCUUCAAAGAUGGACGCUUCGUCGUCAACGUCACGGCUAAACACUUCAACGGUCUGCCCGUGCGCGGUGAGCUGACCCUAUCAUCAUACGCCGUGUUCUUCUCCGGCGUCCUUCAGCCGAUAUUCUCGUCUCCCUCCCGAAAGGUCAUCGACUUCAACGGCCAGACCGAGGUGACCUACGACCUGAAGACUGACCUUGACCUCGCGGAGGACGCCGCGAGGCCGCUGGUGGUGGAAGCGGUGCUAGAGGAGAAGGAUACUCUGAUCAAACAGAAUGUCUCGGCCCGGAUUCUUCUGUUAAGAACCCCUUACCGGUUGAGAGUGACGGCGCCUGAACAUUUCAAGCCGGAGUUGCCAUAUAAUGUGCAGAUAGAAGUGGUAGACUCAUCAGGGCAGGUGAUGUCCGUGGACGACGAGGUGUCAGUGGAGCGGCUGUGGGACGACGGGGCGCCGGUCAAUGUCACCACCCUGCAGUUGAAGGGCGGUCUGGCCACCUACACUCUUGUACCUGACAAGGGACAUGCCAGCUCGAGGCUUAAUUUAGUGGUGAAGUACAAAGAAGUUUCGGAGCGAGUCAUCAAUGUUCAGCAGAGUGCCCCUUCUGGGGGUCAAUUCCUGACCAUCGAGCUUUUGUCCCGGGGUUCCGUAGGAGACGAGAUGAGAGCCAGGAUAUCUGCUACGGAACCCAUGGAUCUGCUGAACUACGCUGUGAUUGGACGAGGCGAUAUCCUGCAUACGAAGACCCUUGAGCUAAGUCCAGCCCGCAAAAGCGUGGACAUCAAAAUGCCAGUGACAUCGGCUAUGGCCCCCGGGUCCAUACUGCUGGCGUGGUACCCGAGACUCGACCCUAUUGUCAACACCGUCGUCGCUUCAGCCAUGCUGGUGCCGCAGGAUAACCUGCUUCAGUAUGAGGUGUCAGUAUCGGUGUCAGGCGCGGGGCGUCCGGGCGGCGGAGUCGAGCUUCAGGUGUCGGGCGAGGCCGGAGCUCACGCCGCGGUGUUGGCGCAGGAUGCCCAGGCCAUAGCCGCUGGCCUGGCCGGGGAGGACGGACGCGGCAGCGGGCUCACUAUGAAGAGGAUUGAACGAGAAGUAGAAAGCUUCAUCGGCGUGAAACAUUCAGUGUUCAAGAACGAAGACCAUCAGCCGUUCAAGGGCCUGGAUCUCGGCGGCAACACCACGGCUGAGGUCUUCCAAAACGCCGGUGUUGUCAUAUUGACUGAUGGCAUUGUGAUACGUGGCAAUGCUCGAGAGCACUCUCCAGAGCCCGAGACGGGCACGAGACCUCCUCUGGCUGGUCCGUAUGCCUUCAGCCGGCUGCCCACGCCGCCGUCCCCGCGCUACUACCUCACAGUCAGCCCUCAACCCACGUGGCUGCGAGCUAACUUCUCUAUACGAAACGACGGAAAAGGCCAAAUCAACCGCCAAACCCCGAUCACGUCAGGCGAAUGGUCAGUGGGAGCGUUUGCCAUACACCCCAACUUAGGGCUUGGGCUGGCUUCCCCCAAGAAUUUUAAAACCAGCGUGGCUCUGUCAAUAUCAGCGGAACUUCCGGCCUCGUUGCAGAAGGGAGAGACUAUAGCCGCUGUGGUCACGCUGACUAGCAGUCUGAGCGUGGAUACGGCUGUUGAAGUCACCUUCCAUAAUUCGGAGCAGUACUUCGAGUUUGAACCGCUGGAGAAUAGCGUGGAGGCUUCGAAAAAGAUCGAGUUAUUCCGUCGCCUGCGCGUCACAGUGCCAGCUAACGGGCUGGCCAGCACGGCGUUCUUAGUGACCGUAGUGCGAGGCGGGGAGGCGCCCGUCAUAGUCGAGGCCAGCGGCACCGGCGUCUCCGCGUCCUUGUUCAGGACUAUUGAUGUUCAGGAUGGCUACGAAGAAGAGCUCUGGUCGUGGAUCCUUCUAGACGGCCGUCGCUCCACCGCCCGAGGCAACGUGACGCUGGACGCCCAAGCGGGAACCCGCCUCGGCGGGGCUUCACUGAAGGCAGCCGGAGACCUGUUAGCCCCCGCGCUUCACGCGUCGCGAGCCGCGCCGCCGCCGGCAGCUGACCCGGCCACAGCGGUGGCGCCCUUGGCCAUCGCCGCUCUACUGCUGGAUUAUUUACAGGCAACAAACCGCGACGACGACAUAGCGCUGACCACAGAGGCUCGCGCCCAAGCGGAGAUGGGCUACCAGCGGCUGAUGGCGUACCGACAGCCCGACGGGUCCUUCGCGGCCGAGAUCAGCGACGACGCUCAGGGAGAUGUCUUCAUGACAGCCACAGCCACGCGUUGGCUGGCCCGCUCGGCGCGCUACGUCCCAGUUACCCCGUCGGCAGCUGAGUCUGCACGCUGGCUGGUGCAGCAACAAGAGACCGACGGCAGCUGGCGCCCCCCGCCCCCGCCCGCGCGGCACUCCCCCCGCGCGCAGCAGACUGCGCCGCUUACUGCGCACGCGCUGAUGGCGUUGCUGGCUGUACAGUCCGUCGACGCCCUCCACAAGAACGCAAUCAACAAAGCCGUGGACUACAUCGCGCGCGCUCUCUCGGACGAGUUGGACGCGUAUUCUCUGGCGGUGGUGGCGAAUGCACUGGCCAUGACCCGGCACCCGCAGGCUUCUAGGGCACUGCAGCUGUUGGAGCCGCAUACUAAUGGCACAGGUUCAGAGCGCUACUGGAGCCGCCAGCUGUCAGGCUCUGAAUGGAAGAACCCGUGGCUACGUCACAACAGUGCCGAGGCUUCAACAGCGGCGUGGGGCCUGCGGGCUAUGUUGGCUGCUAACUUGGUGGACCAGGCCAUACCUGUGGCUAGGUUCCUACUGGCUGCUACGAAGCCGGGGACUCUGGACCCUGAUGUUUUGGAGUCCCUGUCUCAAAUGGCACAGCUAAUAAAGACAUCAACAAACAUGCGAGUGUCGGCCAACGUGACGGGGUCCGAGGAGCCGCGGCAGUUCAACAUCGACGACGACAACGCACUCAUCAUACAGACACAACUGGUCCGCAACGUGCGCGCCGCCUCCGCCCGCACGGAGGGCCGCGGGCUGGCCGUCCUCGGCGUGGCGGCGCGCGGGAGCACCAACGUGACCGCCGCGUGGCCGCGCUACACGCUGGACCCGCGCGUGGACGCCGUGUCCACUAGAGACCGCCUGCAGCUCUCUAUAUGUGUCGGAUUCGUGCCACAAGGUAAUGAAACGAUAAGCGGAUUGACUCUUCUAACCGUUCAGCUGCCUUCUGGAUAUCUGGCCGACAUCCACACUUUGACAGAGCUAAAGGCGGCGCCACACGUAUCCUCAGCCCGGCUCGCAGCGGGCGGCGCGCGCGUGCUGGCCUGGCUGCGAGCCCUGCAGCCGAGAGAGCGCUGCGCCACGCUGGCCGCGCCCCGCGCGCUGCCCGUGGCCAGACAGCGGCCCGGACACGCCACGCUCAGAGACUUGUAUGAUGAUAGUCACCGCGCCCGCGUGUUCUUCCAGCCAAUCACAGCUCACGCUUGCGACGUGUGUCGCGAGUGGGCGUCGUGCGCGCGCGCAUGCGGCACCACGGCCGAGCGUCGCGCCGCCGACACCGCCGUCGACGCGCCGCCACCCGCGCCGGGGGCGUCCCACGGGAUGGUGCCCGCGACUGUGCUUGUUGUUAUAGGAGUGUUGCUUAGUCUGCGGUAGCAAUGUAGCUUGCUUACUGGCUGAUGUUAUAGACCUAUUUGGAUUGGAUCCACGGAUUGAUGAGGGUUUAUUAGACUGGUAAAAAUACUGACAACUUUGUCUAGUUAUAGCUGUCUGUAGUUUGAGUAGUGUGCCAGUAAACAAUUACCUAACUAACUUAUUAAAAUCUAGUUUAAAAACUACCAUCAAAAACCAAGAUUGCGAUAAUGCAACGUCUGUAUUAAAUGUAAAUAAUUUAUAUACCUAUAAGUUACAUUUGUAAGUUUAACAGUAAAGUUUAAAAGUACUA